AAAAUCUUUUAACGGCGUUUAUCGUUCUUCCACUCUCUCCGCCGCGUUCUCUGUCUCUCAAACCCUCAGGGUAACGAUUCUUCUUAUUAGACCAACUGUUGCUUCUUUCGCAUCGUAGCUCUGAGAUUGACCCAUUGAUUUCUCAACUCUUUCUCAGUAAUCAGAUUCGAUUUUGUUUAGUCUCAGCUCAGAACAAUGGCAGCUAAACCUGGAGCCGCAACUCCAACGUAUUCACCUAAAAUCGUCGGAAGAAGUCGGCUUCCUAUAUUCAAAGAUUCCGACCUCGAUUGGUCUCGUCCUGAUGGCCGUGGCUUCCACCAAUGCCGACCCGCAUUACUUCAAACUGGUGCUGUGAGUUCUGCUUCUGGUUCUGCUUAUGCUGAGUUUGGGAACACUAAAGUUAUUGUUUCAGUAUUUGGGCCAAGGGAGAGUAAGAAAGCAAUGGUUUAUAGUGAUGUAGGUAGAUUGAAUUGUAAUGUUAGCUAUACAAAUUUUGCUUCCCCUACUCUUGGCCAGGGAACUGAUCACAAAGAAUAUUCAUCAAUGCUUCACAAAGCAUUGGAAGGUGUAAUAAUGAUGGAGACGUUUCCAAAAACAACCGUUGAUGUUUUUGCAUUGGUUCUUGAAUCUGGAGGAAGUGACCUCUCUGUUUUGAUAUCAUGUGCUAGUCUUGCUUUAGCUGAUGCCGGAAUUAUGAUGUAUGACCUUAUCACAGCUGUUUCAGUGGUAUGUGUAUGUUACAAUAGUUGCAUUGAUUCCUCUGCGUUAUCUCUUAUGUUUAUUAGCAUUAAGUGAAGAAGAAAGUAACACAUACAUUGACAUAUACAAGUGCACCAUAGUCUGAGACAUGUAAAACGUAUAGAUAUCUGUUAAUUCUUUAUUUUGAUACACUGAAAUUAUGCCUGCAAUUUUCGAAGUCUUGCAUAGGCAAAAGCCUUAUGAUAGACCCGGUUACAGAGGAGGAAGGAUGUGAAGAUGGCAGCUUUAUGAUGACGUGCAUGCCAUCUCGUUAUGAAAUCACUCAGCUAACCAUCACUGGUGAAUGGACAACACCUAAUAUCAACGAGGCAAUGCAGCUUUGCUUGGAUGCUAGUUCAAAACUUGGAGAGAUCAUGCGUGAUUGUCUGAAACAGUCUGCCUCAGCUUCCGAUGAAUGAGCAUAAAUAACUAUGAUUUUGGAUUGUAGCUCAGACUUGGUAUGAAACCGGUUUUAGCUGUUAUAGGUAAACGGAUUUAGUCUAAACCUGUGUGUAGUUUAAACCGAUGUAUGUUUUCACAUAAGAUUUGAUGGAACUAGAUCUUUAGCUAUGAAAUGGAUCCCAAUUGCGAGUGGUAUCAAAGACAUACAGAAUUUAAAGUAGGGAAUUUCAACAAAUCAAUCACAUUGUUCUUUACAAUUUCAAA